AGUUCGAGAACGGCCCUUGCCUCCUACACACAUACUACAGAACAGCAGCAGCGAGUGCUCUUUCGGAUAAAUCAGUUUGCGUUUCGUAGCGAUAUUCCAAAGAAAUCAUAAAUAUUCAGCACUUGAGAUAUUUCCAACUUGUGAUUGCUUUACCCCGCCAAAAAGGAAAAUCGAGCAUUCGGUUGAUUUGAUUUGAUUUGAUUUGAUUUGUGGACUGGCAUUCGUGGGUGUCGUGAUUAUAUAAAUUCAAAUUGCACAACUAACACAGCGCAGCAGCAGCAGCAGCAGCAGUAUGAGAAUGAGAACCGAAAGGUUCCGCAAUAAUCAAUCAAAUAAUUAACCAAAAAUGAGUUUCAUCCACCCCGACGUUAGUUUAAUGGGAGGUGCUGGCAAUGUGCCCCAAUCGCUGGAGGAGUCGCCUUCGGAGGCGACAAGCGAUCGAGUGGAGAUCAAAAUUGUGAUGCUGAAAGUGCAGGCAGAAUCGCCUUUACUGCCCCUAAAGGAGAACGACGCGUCAGUAGCCCGAGUCCAUAAUUCCUCGCACAUAUCAGCCACUAGGUCACCGCACGAGUACACCGCCUUGGCCAGCGAUUCCGAGCCCGCCCUCACGCCCACACCCACUACUGCCACGUCCAGGCCAAAUGAGUGUCGACGUCGCAGCUCAUUGACCAACUGUCCAGCACCCACACCCGCUUCCACCGAGGGCCAUCCACCAGGAGAGGCCAACAACAACAACACCAGCAGCAGCAACCACAACACAAAGGAAGAAUUUUACACGACUUUGGGCAGCAGCACACCCAGCCACAAGCACCAGCACACGCACGAGUACAAGCUCUACCCCAACGACACGUUCGCCCAAUUGGAGGGGAAGGCACCAAAGACAAGCAACAAAAUGCAGACCAAAGUGGACGCAGUGGGUCGCAUCACGGGCCAGUGGGGCAAGUGGCAGCUGCGCACAGUGCUUCUGAUCUUCCUGUGUAAGAUACCAUCCUCGUGGUUCAUGGCCUGCAUUAUCUUCACGGCUCCCGCACCCAGGCACGGGGAGUUCUUCUGCAAGCCACCGAACACAGUGGGUGCCCAGAAUCAGACGCAGUGGAUUAAGGUUUCGCAUCCGCAGAAGGAGGAGACCGAGGAUCAGGAGUUCAACAUUGACUUCUGCAACGUCUAUCAGGAUGCGCAGGAGCAUGCCCAUCACUACUACAACUACGAGCACAGCGAGCAGGAGCCGCGCAUCUGGGAGAAGCCUCUCAAUCGCAACUCCAAUGUCAUACCCUGCACAGAGUUCCAGCACCAGUCCAGCUACCACUCGGUGGUUACUCAAUACGACCUAGUCUGUUCCCGGGACAUUCUCGUCUCGGUCACGCAGUUCUUCCAUCUGUUUGGUGUUCUCACCGGCGGUAUCCUGGCGAAUCAGCUCUUGAAAUACUUUAGUCCCCGCAAUGUGAUGCUCUUCGGCAUGAUCACACAGAUCUUUUGUGGCAAUCUGACGGGUCAUGUGGCUUCCUAUGAGCUCCAUGUGUUCUUCCGCUGCCUCUCCGCUGUCUGCUGUGCGCAGAUGUACACCGCUGGAGGCAUGAUCAUGGCCGACAUAACGGGUGGCAAGUAUCGCACGUGUGUCUCCACUCUCUUCGAGCAGUUCUGGUCCAUUGGUGUGAUGAUGCUGCCGGGCGUGGCAAGUUUCUGGUCCAGCUGGUCGCAUCUCUACAUGGCCAUCUCCUGGCCCACAGUGAUACUGAUCUACCUGUGGCAAUGGAUACCCGACUCCCCACGCUGGCUCAUCGCUCGCGGUCGUGUGCAGGAUGCCAAGAAGAUCUUGCUGCAGUGCGCCGAUGUCAAUGGCACUCGCUACAGUCUGCCCCAUGACAUUGAUCAGCAGCUGGAGCUGCAGGCCCAGACGGCCAUGGAUGCCCCACCGCCCAGUGGCUGGUGGUCCAUGUGGAAGGGCGAGCGCGCCGUGCGUCACAUUAUCUGCGUGCAUCUGGCCUGGUCCCUCUACAUCGUCGUCUACUAUGGAAUGCUGCUGAAUAUCCGCUCCUUCAGUCGAGAGCAUCUCUACAUCAACACUUUCUUUGCGGGCUUGAGCGAGAUGAUUGGCACCUUUAUCGGGCUCUUCCUGAUCAUGAAGACCACCAGGAAGUGGCUCUGGACGGGUCUGUUCAACAUGGUUGCCGGAUGCAUUGCCUACUGCGGUUGGCUAGUGCCCAAGCCGGGCGUCAUUCCAUUCGAUGCCAAUGUGGCGCUGCUCAUGUGCUCCGCCAUGGUCUCCAAGAUGGCCAUCUCCACCACACUCUCCAUACUGACGACCUGCACCGUGGAGCUCGUGUCGGAUGACAAGAAGAAGAUCACCUCGUUCUCGACCAUCUGUUGGGCCCGCUUCUGGCUGCUCGGUGCACCCUUUAUUGGAUCGACCAUUUUCUUGGGCCAACUUGUGCCCCAGACGGCCUUCGCGUCCCUGGCCAUUUGCGGUGGCAUCUGCACCUCGCUGAUCAGCAGCCCACGCACGCAUCCCAUCUCCAGGCCGGCUUCGCCGACCGCCCAGGGUGCCCAGAACAUGGCCUCAGCUUCCCAGUUCACCAUCAUCGACGGCAUGGACAACAAGGGCUAUACGCCAAGCUCCAAGCCCAUUAUUUCUAGUAAUAAAAUAAGGAAACUGACCACACCACAAUCGAAUCUACCUCCUCAACUAAUGCCCGGGAUAUGGACGACCAAAAUCAACGAGGAUGGCCCACCAAUGUGAUAUGCCCCCGCACAGGUUAAAUGAUGCAGCGCGGAAGUGAGUGGAAGGAAGGUUGGUUAGAAUGUCAGAAUGGUUUUGUUCACUUUGGUGGGGCUGUGCUGUGACCUUGCAAACUACAGUCUACAAAAUUUGAUAAACUAUACUUAUAUAGCCUGUACCUAUAAGUAGUCUACCUAUAAGGCCACGGCCAAACUUUACUGAAAGUUAAGUCAAAUAUUCGAUCUUCGCGCACACUCUACGUAGGAGCUCAACUUAAUCCCAAGAACGCAAACUAAAUGCUCAACCAAUGAGGAAAAAUUAUGACAAAUGCUAGGAUUUUUAAGUAGGAAAACUUUAAAGCUUAGAGCUUACGAAUGAAUCCUUAACCAGUUUCAAUUAAAAGGAAAAAGACGCUCGCACAACAAAUCCAUAUACACAAAAAGAGGAAAUAAUAUUUUUAAACUUAAUAUAAUUUUAGAGCAUAAUUAAGUAGAGCCUUAGUUAACCCUCGGAAGGGGCAUAGGAAGCACUCGAGUCCUGGGUUCAGCUUCAUCGCAGCCAUACAGUAGUCUCGUAAGUAGGUCGAAUGUGGAACACGCACCCGCGACAAGCCCAGUAUUACUCAGUCGUCACUUAUGAACCGAACCGUACCGAAAAGAACCUCACAUACCGCACUUGAUCCCCUAUGGAUGUAGUACCAAUACCAUAAACAAUAUUUACGCGUAGAAACACAAAACCAACUGAUGAUAAUGAUGAUGAUGAUGAUGAUGAUGAUGAUCCUUUUAAAGGCCUGUUUCGUAAGACCCCGAACCCAAAAGCUGUUCCACAUUUAAGUGAUUGUGUUGUAAACACCUGGAGAGAAUUACAUGAAAAGACAUAUAAAAUCUAGUUACACAAUAAUUAUUGCAAAUUUUAAUUAAUUAUCACUCGGUAAACAAAAACAAUUAAUUAAUUAAUUAAUUAUUAUAAAAAGAAAGAUUAAUAGAAAGAAAACAAUAAUUUUAGUGUACGCAUAAAAUACUUUAUUACCACUAUGUAUUAUGUAUUACCAAUUAUCGAGCUAAUUUACUUUUAAUCAAUUAUAACUUAGUAGUGUUUCAGGUCUUACGUACUUAAUUACUGCAUAUGAAACAUAAAUACAAAUAUUUUCAACAAUUUAAACAUUUAUCUAGUGAAUGCGCUUAGACACUCGUUGAAUGUUAUAUGAUAAUGGUUACUAUAUGAAAGGAAAUGUUAUGCAUGGCAAAAAGAGCAAUAUUUUUCUAAUAAAGCAUCCCAAAAAACAU